AUGGGCCCGACCGGAUCCCACACGCCCAAUUCCUCGUCCACAUCUCCCUGGCAGGCCCCGACAUCCAUGAUUCUGAAACCAGCACCGCAGUCGUUCUACUCAAUGUCUUUGCUGGGAUUGCCGCGCUGGUCUCUUUAUCUUCCUUCGACCUUCGGAGCCUGGGUUGAAACGGCGGCGGGGGUACUCUUGCUGGCUAUCAUGGAUGAGCUUGACGGUGGCGGCUGGAUCGUACUCCACGGUCAGCCUGGAAUGAUAUGGUUCUUUGAGGAGACCAGCGGGUCGGGCUCCGGGAGUUCCUACUCGAUAUGGGCCACUCCCAUGAGGACACUGUUGUCAUUGGGGAGAGAUAUAUGA